AAAGAAACACAGUGUAACUCGAGCAAGACCGACAGAUUCAGCAAACGAAACACAAAUUUAUGGCCGUCAGAUGCACUUGGAAGGCCGAUCUUUUCAACUCCCUUAUAUAUACGCAAGCGCCUACAACUAGGCCAAACUUUAUCGUCGCUCAUCAGAGGAGAGUUUAUAGAGAGAGAAAGUAAGAGAGCUUCGUUAGAGUAAGAGAUGGCCCGUACCAAGCAAACCGCUCGUAAGUCCACUGGAGGAAAGGCUCCUAGGAAGCAACUUGCUACUAAGGCUGCCCGUAAGUCUGCACCAACCACAGGUGGAGUGAAGAAGCCUCAUCGUUACAGGCCUGGUACUGUUGCUCUUCGUGAAAUUCGCAAGUACCAGAAGAGCACUGAGCUCCUGAUCAGGAAACUGCCUUUCCAGAGGCUUGUUCGUGAAAUUGCCCAGGACUUCAAGACUGAUCUCCGUUUCCAGAGCCAUGCUGUUUUGGCACUUCAGGAGGCUGCUGAGGCUUACCUUGUGGGUCUCUUUGAGGAUACCAACUUGUGUGCCAUCCAUGCCAAGCGUGUCACCAUAAUGCCUAAGGAUAUCCAGCUGGCUCGCAGGAUCAGGGGCGAGCGUGCUUAAGCAUGCCUGGGUGUUAUAUUGGUGGAUUUUUACUCUGUCGUAGAUAUUAAAACUCUAGUAUUAGUGUUUGUGGUUGCCAGGACCUUUGAUUUCAGAUUCUGUUAGUGUGCUAUUUUGAGGUUUAUGGGUAAUAUUUUGGAUGGGAAGAACAAUGAACCCUUGAUGUGUUUUGUCUUGUGAAUGCUUCGUUAAGUUUCCGUUUGGAUAAUUGUUGAAAGGAUUCUGGUUUGUUUCUAGCUAUAUACUAGUUUGGUUUUAUUAUAUGGUUUUAUUGCUUCAUUUACUUUAAGAAGAUGGUAG